AUAUAUAUUUAAAAAGAAACUUUUAAUUGUGUUCCUACAUAUUUCAUCAACACUGUUACUUUAAUGGAAACCCCACAAAUAGCUGUCAUCAGUGCUAUUGAUAUAAUCAUUCAUAUAUUGGACUUCUAUAAAUACAUUUUUUAACUUCUUUAAAUACGUAUACAAAGUUUGAUAACAAGGUUUACAUCGUGUACAACAUUGUGUUAAUAAAUCUCUAAUAAAGAUUGUAUCACAAAUGAGAACUGUGUCAUUUUUGAAGUUGGGUGAAACGUCACCGUUUUAAUUUGGGGAGUUUGGGGACUUUCCACCAGGGCUAAGAAUAUUUAGUGAAAAACUGAAAGAGAAACAAUGGCAUCGAGCAGAUAGUGUUGUGUGAAAGCUAUGUUAUGUAAUGUUAUGUAUCGGAAAAAUAUGCUUUUCUUUGUACGGAUUUACUGUUUAUUGUAUUUGACAACAGGAUUUACAGCUUCCUCUAAAAAAAAGAGGGAAGAAACGUCUUUGCCGUCUAGCAGGAGGUGUUCUGUGUAAAUUGAUGUCCUAGGUUAAUGCUGGAGGAAAAAAGAGAAAGAGGUGCCAAGUCUGCCCAAAGACGACAGCAAGACUAGCACCACAUGCAAAAAAUGCAGAUGCACAAAACAUGUGUUGGCAUCCUGCCACUCGUGUGCUUCAUAGAUACACACAUACAGAGAGACACGCAAUUUUCUUUCUUUCUUUUUCAGGUUUCCUGUUGAAAACAUUGUUAAAAAUUAAAAUGUAAUUUCAAAAUAAUGCUUAUGACUCAUUUAAUGUGAUUUGAAUUGAAAUGGUAAAUUUGACCCGGAACAAUUUUUUUGUUUGAGUUACUUUUGUUUGAGUUACUUUUGUAUGACAGAAGAUACGUCAAAAAUCUUUAAGACAAAAUAAAGUCUAAAUGAAAAGGGAAUAAAUAAUUGGGUUGAAUGUCUAGUUUUUGACAAUGUAAUAAACUGUUUGAAAAUUAUUUUUUUAUGAAAAACAAGUGAACUAUCAUACCAUGAUCUGUAAAUACAUUAAAUAUUGAUUACAUUGAUGAUGUAGAAUGUGUAUUUUAACUACUUUUGUGAGGUUAAACGUGAACCGGGUAAAUUUUACUGUUCUCACAUAUUUAAACCUUUUCCUUUGACCUCCAAUAGCUGAAUAAAUUAAAGGCUUUAUGAAGAUUGAAAACAAGAGGGAUGAGUCCCGUUUCUUAGUUCAAAUCAUCCCAAGAAUCCAGGGUUGAGUGCCUUCUCCAAAUGAAAUGCUGAGUAUUAAAACAAACAAUGAGGCAGUUUCCAGGUUUGAUGUGGAUCUUGUGGCUUGAAGUACUGCAUAUUGUAGACUGCCCUGUUACAUGUGGUCCAGCUGAAUACAGUAUAGGUACUGAAUGUUGUCCUAGGUGUUCACCAGGAAACCGUGUGAAUAAACACUGUACAGAGUUUACAAGUACUUCCUGUGCCCCCUGUAUUGACUCCACCUACCUUGAUGAACCCAAUGGUCUUACAGCAUGUACACCAUGUACACACUGUGACCCAGUCUUUGGUUUGAUAGUAAAACAUCCAUGCAGACCUUCAUCAGACACUGUCUGUGAGCCACUGGAGGGGUUCUACUGUACAGACCCAACUAAGGAUGGUUGUAAAGCAGCCCAGAGACACAGCAGCUGUGAACCUGGUCAAUACAUCAGACAGAAAGGAAGUCCAUCUACAGAUACUGUGUGUGUUGACUGUACUGGUGACACCUAUUCAGAUGGAUCAUUUACAUCCUGUCAACCACACACACAGAUGCCCAAGUCCCAAGUAUGAUGAAUGAAAGUUGAGCCACAACACACAUGUUUGGAGGUCACUGCACCUGGUUUUAAGAUGCUAACGCAGAAUACAACAGCAUCAUAUAUGGCAUUAUAAACCAGGUGGUUUGAGUCCUGAAUGCUGCUUGGCUGAUUACUGUGGUUUAUGAGAACAUGUUGUAUACUAGGGCUGUCACGAUAUCUGAUUUUCACUACAUGAUUAUCAUGGCCAAAAUAAUUCACAGUAACUAUAUUAUCGCUGUAUUUAUAGAAAAUCUGAAGAAAGAAAUGCUAUCAGUGAAAUUAAUCUAAGUCAAAUACAGAACAACUAGAAACCCAUCCCCCACCCUGCAUUUGGCAAGGCAGAUCACACCUCCAUUUUUCUCUUUCCAAUCUACAGACAACGACAAACAAGAAGAACUGGUUUUUCAGGCAGUUCAGCGCUGGAGUGAGGAAUCCAUUAUUACUCUCCAGGGCUGCUUCGAGACCACAGACUGGUUCUGAAUUGCAGCUCAUGGAGACUGAUGAAUACACAGACUCUGUCUCAGCAUAUAUCUCCAAGUGCAUCACUGACGUCGUCCCGAGGGUCAAUGUCAGGACUUUCCCCAACCAAAAGCCCUGGGUUAAUGGUAAUGUUUGUGAUAUGCUCAGAGGAUGGUUCUCUGCCUAUAGCUCUGGGGACCUGGAUGCUUUGAGGAGAUCCAGAUAUGACCUCUGGAAGGCUAUCAGAAAUGAACAAAGAGACUACAGAAUUAAAUUGGAGUCAUACUACCACAGCUCUGUCCCCAGACACAUGUGGUGUGGACUACAAAGGGAGAAAUAACAGUGAUGCUCGUCCUGCCACCUCACUCCCUGACAAGCUCAAUACCUUCAAUGCACAGUUUGAGGCCAUCAACACAAUUCCUUCGGUGAGGAUCACUGAGAACCAAGACCACUGCACUCUGUCCCUAACCACGUAUACAUACGUGAGGAUGAGCAUUGGAGCUCCUCAGGGCUACAUACUCAGUCCCCUCCUGUACUCCCUGUUCAAGCAUGACACAUAGCCCCAACGUCAUCCUUAAGUUUGCGGAAAACACCA